GGUUCUCCUCUUUCCUCAGGACUGUGUCUUGGGCACCUUAUCAUGGCACAGAGUGGCCUGCUCCUCAAGCCUUCCCUGCGGGCUCUGCCCAGCUCCCUGGUGUCCCUGGGCAGCUCGGUGACUAUCCGGUGCCAGGGCCCGCCGCAUGUGGACUUGUACCGCCUGGAGAAACUGGGGUCUGGGAAUUAUGAGGACCAGGACUCUCUUUCCAUCCCAAUCAUGAGGAGAGACCAUGCGGGGUGCUACCACUGCUCCUAUCUGAAUGGGAGCCUCUGGUCCCCACCCAGUGACCGGCUGGAGCUCAUCGCCACUGGAGUUUACAACAAGCCCUCCCUCUCAGCUCAUCCCAGCCCCUCAGUUUCCCCAGGAGAGGAUGUGACCCUACAGUGCCAGACCCAAUAUGGCUUUGACCAAUUCGCGCUAUCCAAGGAGGGGGACACAAGGCCCUAUGAGGUGGCCAAGAAAUCGUACCUGGCCACCUUCCCCAUCACCGCCGUGACGGCCGCCCACAGCGGGGCCUACCGCUGCUACAGCUUCUCCAGCAAGGCCCCGUAUCUGUGGUCAGCUCCCAGCGAGCCCCUGGUGCUCACCGUCACAGGAACGUCUGGGAUUCCUGGGCAGCUGUCCAUACAGCCCCUGUCCUUCAUCACUGAGGCCUCCAGGAAUCGAAUCAUCUCAGCCACAACAGAUGUCUCCACAACUGAGAUGCCUACAGAUCUCGCUGCAUCUCUAGAAGGCUCCAGCCCUCCACUUGGUCCUGCCCACCAGGACUACACCAAGGGGAACCUGAUCCGGAUAUGUCUCGGUGUCCUGAUUCUGGUACUCCUGGCAGGGUUUCUGGCAGAGGACUGGUACAGCCAGAAGAAACCCUUGCUGCACAGAGUUAGAGCUGUGCAGAGGCCCCUGCCACCGCUCCCCAGGAUCCCCAGAUCCCAUGGCAGUCAGGAUGGGGAUGGAGCUGAUGUUCAGAAACACAGACACCACUGUUAGAGGUCAGGAAUCACCACAGUUGAGAGAGGCCAUGGAUGGAGAAGUGGCAUGAAGAGUGGGCAUGA